UCAGAGCCACUGAAGUUGGACAAGUUAUCGAUGCUGUACUAAGAAUCACAUCAGUGUCACUUCUGAUGAUUGUCAACAUCAACAGCUAUUCAGAAUGUGUAAAACUGAAGCAUACAUUCAAACUGGUUGCUGACAUGAAUUAUUGCCCUCUCUCUACAUUUCUCUCGCUCUUUUUUAAUCUCCUAUUCACAAAUAGAGGCCAAAAGAGGCUCAGCCAGCUGGAUGAGAUUAUCUCUUUUUUUCUGAUUAGAAAUCAACGUCAGCACACCCCCCUAAAACACGCAAGUGUACCAUCCUUUCUCUGAGCUCCGCCCCUCUCCGUCCUCCCGGCUGAUAUAAGGAUGCCCACACCCACUCCAAACACUGUGAGAGGGAGAAAACCAGAGGUCACACUGAUAAGAGACAGGAAAAAAAGAGGCCACCGGCGUAUCUGAGAGGCUCAACAGAGAGACAAAUCAGAGAGGAGAGAGGAGACUGCAGCACCAGCACUAAAGAAAGCUGCCUGGAGGACGCCACGUGUGUGUGUGUGUGCAUAUGUAUGUUGAGACAGGCAUAGGUAGAUUCCAGGGAUAUUUGUGAGACUGACAGAGGACAAAAGCACAUCAUGGAUCCCUCAGAGGGCCCCGUGGAACCCAAAGAAAGGAGGAAAAUCCAGUUCGCUGUCCCGCCAACAGAACCGACUCAGCUGGACCCUCGGCAGGUUGAGAUGAUUCGACGACGAAGACCCACACCUGCCACUUUGUUCAAAGUAGCAGACCAAACAUCUCCUGAGGAUGACAUCUCCACCCAUCAGUGGGUUGUAGGAGAAAAUGGUGUCCUCAAGCCAAAACGAAUCAACCCAAAUAUCUACCAGCCACCAUCACUAAAAGCCGUGCAGCAGAUGGCUGAAGCUCACAUGCAGAAAUUAGGUGUGUAUCCUCAUGUAGAGGAGGAAGGGGAGGAGCCUAUUCAGAGAGGGGGGGAGGAGCUUUCCUCAUCCUGCACACCUGAUUCACAGGAGCAAAGGGGCAUGGCAGAACACCAGCCCGGCAUGAGAAAGGCAGGAGCCACGGCACCAACCGAUGAAGAGGAGGAGGAAGAAGUAGAAGCAGAAAUUAUGGCAGAGGAUGAGUGCAGAAAUGUGGACUGAUAAAGUCUGAGGAACUUUGGAGAUUUUUUUUCAUAAUGCAGAACCUUGUUUGGAGAUCAGAAUUACUGUUUAUUGAUAACUGGCUGUCAAUAAUUCCAUCACUUGAUUAAAAACGGCUGUCUGUUUGUAUUCAGAGACAAAAAUAGACUUAAAAAAAAAACCUCUGAAAGACUGGGAUUUUGGAGUGGUCAAACAAUUCAUUCACCCCGACAUUGCCAUGAAAUAGAAAUACAUUAGGUUAAAUCCAUCAGCAGUCAUCUAAUAUCAUCCCUGCAUUUCAUACAUUCGAACAAAAAUAUGAAGUACAAAUGUUUAGUUCUAUGUGCAGCGCAGAAUGAAUGUGAAGCGUUGAAAAAUGUGUUCAUAUCAUGUCAUGUAUUGUGUGUGUGUGUGUGUGUUUGAGUUGCAGUGUGUUUUGCGAUCGGUGCGUUUCUUUGGGCCUACACUGCCAUCUGGAGUACAGAGAAUUGUUAUACUGAUUCCCAUGAAAUCAUUUGCCAAAAACAAUAAUCCCAGAGCACAUGGAAAGGCUCAAUAUCUAAGUAUUUAGCAGCAUUAUUAUUUGUUAAACCAUUGCCAACAUGAGUUAAUUUAGCAGAAACAAACAAAAAGAAUGUUCAUAAUUACAAAUAUAAUUAUGUUUGAAUAUUUAUAAAUAUAAAAAGAAAUAAUUACUCAUUUCUAAAAUGAUCUAAAAUAAUUUCUAAAUUCACCAUUGGUAGUUGAGGCAAAAACAUACUUCUAAAAAAACAAAAGCUGAUAAAGACUGCAGUAAUAUUCCAAUAAAGGCUGUUUUGUUUUUACAUGGAUAGAUAUCACAAAUACUACUUUGCUUUAUCUCACUGUUUUGGGAGAUUUUGCUUCAUGCAACUAAUCGUGGCAGACUGUGAAAAACACAUUCCUACAAUGUUGUCUGUGAUACAUUUGUGGUUUGUCAAUGACAUUGUGAUCAAAGCUGCUAUAAACAUCGUAUUUGCAUACAGAAUAGAAUUUGCAUCUCUUGAUAUGACUGUAUUUGGUUACAGAUAACAAAAAAAACUCCAAAUUCAGUGCCUCGGGGUGAACGUUCAGCGCUCGUGUACAUCAGGAACACGUAAAUGAUUUCAGUCGAUUACUGUAGUUAACAACUUGCAUUAAUAUUAGCUGGGUAACUUAUUACUUCUCUUAGUUUUGAAGUUUCUUCCUUAGCAAAAUCUUUUAAGGGAAAAAUGUUGAACUAUUUUUAAAAAUGAUUGAUGAUGGUUUAAAAUGCAGACAGCCACAUGUUGCUUUUAUAAGAAAUUGUACUGCUUUAUAUCGAAACUAAUCACGUUUGUAUGCAUAUAUAUUUCUCCAAAGCUCAUGCAGGUACAUGUUGUUGAUUUUGAUUUACGUACAAUAGAAAAUCUGAGAAAAUGUACCCAAUUAGUAUCGCUAUCCAUAGGAACUAUGGAAGUGUUUUAGGUUAAAGUCUCUGUAUCAAUAAACAUAUUUGCACUGAA